AUGGACUCGUUACCACUCGAUAUUUCUCAUCCUGCAGUGCAGGAUUACCUUUCCCUUGUACGGCUACAGGUCCUCACCCCUUUAUCACUUUUGAUUAACAUCGCAACACUAGUCGUGUGCUCAGUCAUUGUCAAGCCUUCAGCCGGGUCCAUUAUCAAGUCACACCCUACAUCGAUAUCUCCUUCUCCAAGCCUCAUUUCUGCCUACGUCGUCGCUAUAUGCCUUGGGCAAAUAGGCUACUGCACGUUGCUGGUUGUAGCUAGGAAGCCGGAGACGAAGCACACGCAGACAACGAUAGUGAAAGGAGUUGGUCUUUCCCUCGUUUUUGCAAACUGGUUGAUGGCUCUUUGGGCCGUGUGUUGGGUCCUUGAGUUUUUCUUACUCUCGACGAUACUUCUUGGACUUCUGGUUCUAUGUUUGUUAUAUUCGAACAUCGCGCUGCUCACGUAUCAUCCUCCCACAUCCUCGCGCCCUCUCGACACGGCACUCAUUCACGCUCCACUGCGUUUCUUCCUAAUUCUUCCUCUAUCCUUGCUGUUUCCCUAUUCGCUCUUCAUCACUCUGGGGUUAUAUUAUUCACCUAGUAACCCCGAAGAUUACGGGCGCUUUGCUUGGCCUGGAUUUGGGGUCACAUGCGGUGCAAAUCUCAUUGGCCUAUUUGUGAUAAUGAUGCGCCGUGAUAUCGUAUGGGCUGUCGCAGCUACUUGGAUUUGUGUCAGUAUAUGGACCGCGAGGCCCAAACCUGCUCCUGUUUAUAUUACUGUUAUUUUGUUCACCGUACUCCACCCUCUGGCUCUCAUUGGAACGCUCCUCUACCGUCGACUUACCAAGCGAGAAGGCAGAAUUGCACUACCCACCGAUGAAGAGCAUGAUACAGGAGCACCAAACGGGCAUGGUCCGCGAGAGAUAGAUGCCGAAGCUCUCUGGGGCUCUGGCUGAGCAGCGGUUAGAUUCUAGUUCCCUUUCCUCUCCGCUAGCGCGUUACGUGAAGGUUUUAAAUGGCCUGAUUCCCGUUGGUUACAUACUAUAUGGACCCUUUCCUCUCCGUUAGGACGUUACGUGAACGUUAUAUUUGGUCUGAUUGUUACAUACUGCACACACAAAAGACGAAAAAAUAAUAGGGUUGCAAAUCGUCAAGGACUCCUGAAUGAGUGCACUGUGCAGAUAAG